AUGGAAGAAUUCAAAGAUCUUGAAGAUUUUGAACAAAUAGCUACUUCACAACAAUGGAAUUUACAUAUUCUUCGGAAAGGAAAAAUGAAAUUGUGGAAUACAAAGAAUAAAAAUUAUCGUACAGCUUUGAAACGUGUUGAAUAUGAUCGGCCACCAAAAUUUAUUACAAAAACUGAUCUUACUUUUAAAAUUGAUGAAUCUAUUAUUGAUGCACAAGAACCACAAUUGAUGUACAAUCAAAUGCGUCAAUUAACUAAAGAAUUUCGAACACAAGCUGUGACAUUAUAUGUUCAAUCAGUGACACGUAAAUAUGAAUUACUUACUAAUGAAAUUAAACGAAUAAUUAAAGGAUUUCCAAAAGAAAAUGAUGAUGGAUUUGAUUGUGAACCUGGUUAUGCAGCAUUCAAACAAUAUAAUGAAAUGCGUGAAAAACGAUUUAACCUUGAAGUUGAACAAUCAAUUUAUUUUUUAGACGAACAGCGAGUCGAGGACGAAACAAUAAUUAAUGAAGCACAACUUAAACUGACCGAGGAUGAAUAUCAAUUACUUAAACUAGGACCUCGAUUUAUCAAUGAUCCACAAACGGCAGCUCGACGUCGAACAACUGAGUUGACUACUUUAAAACAUAAAUUACUUCAAAAUUUAUAUCAAAUUUCAAUUAAAUUACAUCCUCGGUUAAAUCAAUCAAAAACUAGAAAUAAUGCUUCUAUUCUUGAUGACAUAAUUACAUUUACACAAUCACAAGGUAACAGUCAAUGUCCUAUUAUUAAGAAAAAGAAAAAUUAUGGUCGAUUAGUUAAACGUUUAAAAUAUAAAUUACGUCUUUUCAAUAUAAUUAUUCGAAAAACUGACAAGUCAAAAGUAUUUCAUUUAGGUAAACUUGAAGAUUAUCAAAAGAAGUCAAUCGAAUAUAUGGAAAAGACUCAAGUUUAUCAGUGUUUGGAUACAAAUGAUCCACUACCUGAUCUGAUUAAACGUACAAAUAAAUAUCUAUUAGAUUUACGUUUAGCUAAAUGGAUUAGUCAAAAACAAUAUGAACAAUUAUGUAUUAGACCUAAUGAAGUGGAAUUAGCUCAUUUAUAUUAUCUUCCCAAAGCACAUAGAAUUGGUACUCCUCUUCGUCCAAUUAUAUCUGGUCUCAAACAUCCUAAUAUUAAAAUAUCAAAAUUUCUUGAUAAUCUAUUGAGACCUUUAUUUUAUAAAACGGCACUACAGACAACAGUUACCUCUGGUUUUGAAUUACUUCAACGUCUAGAAGAAUAG